AUUUUAUCCAAACAGACCUUAAAAACGCCGGCCAAAUACACGGCGUCGGCGGGACAGCCGAGACCGAGAGCGGAGUAGAUCUCUCCAUCAUGAAGAACCGAACAAUAAGAGUCCUUUGCCCUAAACUACUGAUCAAUAGAAACGAAUCACUUCUGCAAUGGCUAAUCGGAUCCCCAUUUUUGCCGCCGCUCACCAUUGUCUCCACCAUCAGAUGCAUCCACGGGGACUCCUCUUCGCCAGAUUACCAUAAGGAAUCAGAAGAUAUCAGAACGCUACUCUUGAAAGGAUUCGACGUAAUCGGAGCUUUGGUAAUGGGAGAUUCUGAUUUUGAAAAUAAAGCGCGCAAGGCUUUGGAUGCUGCCCGCAGAUUGAGAAAGCUUCUGUCUGGAACAGAGAAAUCAGAGAAUGAAGAAAUGAUCGGGGCUGUUGCAAAUUCAUGUAGUGGGGGAAUUCACUUUUUUAUAUCCAAAACUGAAAAAACCACGAACCUAGAGCCCGUUUCUUUGGUGGUGCAUGAUGAUAACCCUGAGAAGUAUGUCUGGGAAAAUGGUUGUUUGCUUCGGUGCCAGCUUCCUAUUAAGUUGCCUUUCUGUUUUCCGGUGAACAAGCCUUCUGAUGCAGAUAAUGUUUUCUUGAGGGCAAUUGAAGUAGUCAUUGCCAAUUUCAAAGAUCCAAAGGUUGCAUAUAUAGUAGAAUCAUCAAGCAAAACCUUUGCAGAUGUAGCUCAACCAGUCCUUGUUUGUGGUGCGGAACUAAGUUUUGGCAUAGAUUUGCCAAAUGUUGACCUUCUUGCUCAAGAUUCUGAGCAAAAGCUUUUACGAUGUGCACACUUUUGUUCAAAGAGCAUAUCUUCCCCAGCAUCGUUUUCUGCUGAGAAUGCAGAUGUACUCCAAGUAAGCAUUCUGUUUAACAGAUCUGAGAAAUUUUUAAAAUUCAAUUCGCCUGUUGCUGAAUAUUUUCCUGCAAUGGAAGAAGCUAGACUUUUGAUUGUGGAUUUCAAGCUAGAAGUAAUUUGUUAUGCAGCCAAGGAUCUCCCACUGAUUUAUGCAGUUUCAAAGUUAAUUAUCCCUGGGUUAGUUGAUCAGUUAAAUUCAAUGAAGGAGGUUAUGUUGCCUCACCUGUUAACACAACAUCCAAAGCUACAUCCUUAUCACUUUAAUCCAUCCAGGAUGAUGCUGCAUCCUGUGACUGUUAUCUAUGAACUUAAUUAUGGAGAGACAGAAAUGAAGCAAGUUGACAUUAGAAAAUCUCUCCACUUAAGACUAGGAUUACCGUUUGAUCGGCCGCUCUUAAGAAUUACGAAUGCCUUGGAUUUUUCAACAACUGAUAGUUCAAAGAGAAACUCAAUACAAACAGGUUCUUCUUUGGUGAAAGAUGUACAUACCACAAUUCCAAGCAGCAGUGUCUCAGGAGGCAUUACCUCACUAGUUCAAGGUUCUUAUGAGUACUAUCAUUAUCUUCAAGAUGGCCUUGAUGACUCGGGCUGGGGUUGUGCUUACCGUUCCCUGCAGACCAUCAUUUCAUGGUUCAGACUUCAGCACUACACAUCCAUUGAUGUUCCUUCACAUAGGGAAAUACAGCUGACACUUGUUGAUAUUGGUGACAAGGAUCAUUCAUUUAUUGGAUCACGUGAAUGGAUUGGUGCCAUUGAGUUGAGCUUUGUUUUGGACAAACUUCUUGGUAUAAGCAGCAAAGUCAUAAAUGUCAUGUCUGGAGCUGAGCUUCCUGAAAAAUGUCGAGAACUGGCAUUGCACUUUGAGAAUCAAGGAACACCCAUUAUGAUUGGUGGAGGUGUUCUUGCAUAUACCCUUCUAGGAGUUGAUUACAAUGAAGCUAGUGGUGAUUGUGCAUUUCUUAUACUUGAUCCACAUUAUACUGGGACUGAUGACCUCAAGAAAAUUGUAAAUGGUGGUUGGUGUGGCUGGAAAAAGGCUGUUGACAGCAAAGGAAAGAGUUUCUUCUUACAUGAUAAUUUCUACAAUUUAUUGCUUCCACAAAGGCCUAACAUGGUUUAAUUUUUGUUUUAAAGUGACUGCUAGAGACUAGAAUUGACGCAGCUACCUAGAGUAGACAUUAUUUUCCUUUGCAAUAUAGAUUGAGACUUGAGAUGAGUUAAUUUUAUAAGAAAAAGCCAACGUAUUUAGUCUUUAUUCCGGCUAAAAAUCAACUUAUUUAAUUCAU